AUGCGAUCCUCAUUGGCGGCCGUCCUGGCCAUGGCCACGUCGGCACUGGCCGAGCUGGUCACAUUCGACUUCAAUGUCUCGUGGGUGAUGGUCAAUCCUGACGGCGAGUUUGACCGCAAGGUGAUCGGCAUCAACGGCAAAUGGCCGCUGCCCAUCAUCGAGGUCACGACGGGCGACCAGGUGGUGGUCAACAUGCACAACGAUCUGGGCGACAAGAGCACGUCGAUCCACUGGCACGGCAUGUUCCAGAACGGCACCACCGAGAUGGACGGCGCCAGCAUGGUGACGCAAUGCCCCGUGCCGCCUGGUUCAUCCAUCACAUACAACUUCACGGCCACGCAGAACGGCACGUACUGGUAUCACUGCCACACGGACUACUGCUACCCUGACGGCUACCGCCAGGCCUUUAUCAUCCGUGAUCCGGAGGCGCCCUUCACCUACGACGAGGAGCUCAUCUUCACGCUGACAGACUGGUAUCACGACCUGGUCGAGGACCUGGCUGACUCGUUCAUGUCGCUAUACAAUCCCAGCGGUGCCGAGCCGAUCCCGGAUGCCUUCCUCGUGAACGACAAGCUGAAUGCGUCGUACCCGGUCAAGGCCAACACGACGUACCUGAUGCGCAUCCUGAACACAGGCGCCUUUGUCGGCCAGUACUUUUACAUUGAGGGCCAGAACUUUACCGUUGUCGAGGUGGACGGUGUGUACACGGAGCCGCAGGUGGCCGACACGCUGUACCUGGGCAUUGCCCAGCGCUACGGCAUCUUGGUGACGACACCGGCCGACAUGGACGACUUCUGGAAGAUCGUCACGGUGGCCGACCAGGACCUGCUGGACAGCAUCCCGACGACGCUGCAGCUGAACGGCACGAACUGGCUGGUGUACAACAAUGACUCGUCGCUGGAGCCGGCCAACAUCACCGUUGCCGUCAGCGACGACCUGGUGCCCAUUGACGAUAUGGUGCUGCUGCCGUACGACGGCGAGGAGCUGCUGCCGGAGCCGGACGUCAUCGUCAACGUGACGGUGUACAUGGUCAACCUGAUGACGGGCUAUAACUACGCGAUGCUGGACAACAUCACGUACACGCAGCCCAAGGUGCCGACGCUGUACUCGGCGCUGUCGGCCGGCUCCGAAGUGGCGACCAACGACGUGAUCUAUGGCGAGUACACGCAUCCGAUCGUGCUCGGCCACAACCAGGUGGUGCAGAUCGUGCUGAACAACGGCGACAGCGGGUCGCACCCCUUCCAUCUGCACGGCCACACCUUCCAGGUGCUGGACCGCUGGCCAGCUCUGGGCCCCGACUUUGCGUCGUUAGCCGAUGCCAGCCCGAUCGCCUAUGAUCCGGCCAACCACACGGCCUUUCCCGACAAGCCCAUUCGCCGCGACACUCUGGUGCUGCCGCCCAACGGCUACGCCGUCAUGCGCUUCCGCGCCGACAACCCGGGCGUCUGGAUCUUCCAUUGCCACAUCGACUGGCAUCUAGCGUCCGGCCUGGCCAUGACGUUUAUCGAGGCACCCGAGCUCCUGGCCACGCGCAUCAGCGUGCCCGAGGACCACUACGCUGCCUGUGCUGCUGCCUCUGUGCCCACCGUCGGCAAUGCUGCUGCCAACGCCAAGGACUUUACCGAUCUGUCCGGCCAGAACAAGCAGCCCAAGACCAUUCCGAACGGCUUCACCCCGCGUGGUGAGGCGGCCAUGGCCUUCUCCGUGCUGUCUGCCCUUCUCGGCAUCGUCUCGAUCGUCAUCUACGGCAUGGCCGACCUGAAGCACCGCCCUAUCGCGGAGGAGCCGCUGGGUGUCGUGACCGAGACUGCCAACAAGACGUCUGGUUCGGCCAGCGGUGCCAACGGCUCUGAGGAGGUUGUCACCAAGUCCGGCUAG